AUGACGACAACGGUCGGAGUGGCCGGAGACGGCGUGGCCCUCUUGUACUGUGCUAUUAUUCUUCUAGUAUUGAGCUGGCUCAUUUUUUGCAUGCGCAUUGGUGUCAGAGUGUGGAGGAAAGCCCUGGGCGUGGACGACUGGCUCAUGUUGGCUGGAAUGCUUCUCUUCACGGUCACUGCCGCUCUCUGCAUUGUCUGCUGCUUCUAUGGAUCUGGUCAAGUUUCUGCUGUGCUGCCGCCUGAAACCAUGGCUCAGGGAAUAAAACUCUUCUAUAUUGCCGAGUACUUUUAUGCCGUCGGAGCCAUGUUCAUCAAGAUUAGUGUUGCAGUGGCGCUUCUGCGUAUCUCGACUGGCCGCCCCUUUUUCAAAUGGGGAAUCUGGGGCUUGAUCGGCGCUACAAUCAUCGCAGCGCUGGUGUUUUGCAUUGGUAUCGCCAAUAUCUGCCAUCCUAUCAAUACUCUAUGGGGAGAAUCGCACGGCACCUGCAAUCUCCAGCUCAACACCAACGUCAGUCUUUUUUACUCAGCCAUAGAGAUUGCAGCAGACUUUAGUCUCUCGAUCUUGCCGGCCAUUCUCCUGUGGAGCGUGCAAAUGAAGACCAAAGUCAAGUUUUCGGUCGCCAUCAUGCUCGCCCUGGCUUCUUUUGCAUCGACAGCUACCAUCGUCAGGCUCAAAUAUCUCACUCUCUACAGCGAUCCGGGCGAGUUCAUGUUCGGCACUGGAAAAAUCGGCUUCUGGUCGCUCACUGAAGAAGGCAUUGGUAUCAUCGCCGGAUCGCUGCCCGCGCUUCGCCCUCUCCUCUCGCUCCGUAUCAAAAUCACCACCAGCUCGGCCCACAAUGCGUCGAGCGGAAGGGCAUACCACUCUGGAUCUCACCACAUGCCUCCACCGGCGCGCUCGCGCGGCAUCGCCAUGGACACUUUCCAAACGCUAGGCGACAAUGAUGAGGGCGACCACAGCGAUGGUGAUAGCCAGAAAAAUAUCAUCAAGGAAACAAAGUUCACUGUGACUUCAAGUGCUACUGCACCGGGAGAUAAGGGGAUGGGGUGGAAUGGCAAGAACCAGAGCCCUUGCUGA